AGUACAGACGUGUGCUAUUCAGAUCUGGUGCGACGAGGAGAACAUCGACACUUCAAGCUAGCGAGCAGCAAAAAUAUCUGAAGUUGAGACUUUUUUUCUUUGGAGAAAAGAGACACUUCCUGCCUGGAAGUACUUGAACGCAACACUCCCUUCUGACGCUCAUCAUGGGGGACAUCAAGAAAGGGAAGAAGGUGUUUGUCCAGAAGUGCUCCCAGUGUCACUCAGUGGAGCAGGGGGGCCGCCACAAGACCGGGCCCAACCUGUGGGGGCUCUUUGGAAGGAAGACAGGCCAGGCAGAUGGAUACUCAUACACACAGGCCAACAUCGAUAAAGGAAUCAUAUGGAGUGAAGAAACGUUGGAAAUCUACCUUAAAAAUCCCAAAAAGUACAUCCCUGGUACCAAGAUGAUCUUCGCUGGGAUAAGGAAGAAAAGAGAACGAGAGGAUCUUAUAGCCUAUCUAAAGGAUUCCACCUCCUAAAAUACUGAACACGCUGUAUUUAUGGGAAGUUUGCUCUUCAAGUAGUAUUUGAAAAUUCUGUUGUUACAUGUUGCUUUGUUACAACAGAGCCUGCUGCAUUGUUUUGUGUGCAUGAGGCUGUUUUUAAUCAUCCUAUGACUCAGUCUUCCUGCAGCCUGUGGCUUUUUCAGGCAUUCCUCCAUCAGCCCCUCUUAAAGAGGCAACUUUCUCUGGGACUUUAUUGUUUUCUUUCACUGCUGCUUGCACAUGAAUGACCGAUUUUGCAGCUUUGCCAGUUUACUUCUCACUGCACUGUGGAUUCCAGAUUGUGUUUACAUUUUCUUUUCUGUAUGUUUUUUGUGUUAAAUAUUUCUUUGUUCACUUUAUAAUGGGUGCUGAUAGUUUAUUGUUACAAGGUCGCACUUUACAGCGUGAGAUUCCUUUCUAUUCAUGUAUUUUCUAAAUUUAUAUGGGUUUGAUAAAUGAGCAAAGAAAUAAAAUAUUUUUUUGUAAAAUAAGCUCCUUUCUUAGUUAAAUUAUUUUUCUAUUAGGAUUAGUUCAGUUCAGUUCAAUGACAACUUACUUUCUGUUGAAUCACUAUUUUAUUCUUUUUGUUCUUUUUAAAUAACUUUGACUUUGUCCUUGACAAAAUAAAAAUAC